UCCGACACGCACGAUGAUUUCAAACCCAAGGUUGCCGAUGCCUCGAACGAGGACGUCGAACGCGCGAUCGAAAGCGACGUGCAAACGAACGCGGUGCUGAUUUACAUGAAGGGGUCGCCGAGCGCGCCGCAGUGCGGGUUCUCGAACAUGGCGUGCCGCAUCCUCGAUCAUCACGGCGUGGAGUACGCGUCGAGAAACGUGCUCGCGAGCGAGGAAUUGAGAAAUGGUAUCAAGGCGUACUCGGCGUGGCCGACGAUCCCGCAAUUGUACGUCAAGGGAGAAUUCGUCGGGGGCUCGGACAUCAUGAUGUCGAUGCACCAGAGCGGCGAGCUCGCGGAGUUGUUCAAGGACGUCGCCAAGCGCGCGGAUUGA